AUGGUUUGCAUUUUCGUCGCUGGGGAUGAGCUCGGAAACAUCAAGACCGUACGCUGUCAUGAGCAGCCCACAGCCUCAGGGAGCAGAGCAGAGGUGAAGACAAUAUUUGACGGCACGGCGUCAGGGAAGGAGAAGAGCAUCCAAGGACUCGCAAUAAGCUCAGGUUCUACAGGUGGAAGAUCGAUAAUCACAACGCAUGCGGACGGCGCGGUUAAUGCAUCCUCUAUUUGCGAAGAGGGCUCGCUAAAGCGGGAACAUGGAUGGAAUGAAACUCGGCUGAAGCCCGGUCAGCGAUUCGUCGGACUCGCAGCUCAUGAGAAAGUAACCUACACCUGCACUUCUAACGGUGCUCUGCGCCGUACAUGGGUCGACGAUGCCAAGCAAGAGCUGCAGCAUGCCACUGCAUCGCUACCCAUGCGUCUAUGCGAUUGGCGUCUAUCUGGCGACGAGAAGUCAUUUAUAUAUGGAGGUGAAGAGGUUGAAGUAUCACUGUGGGAUACGGAACGGGCCUUUGCUUCUCAACCGCCCAAUACUGAGCCUAGUGCUCAAACGUCAAAGAAGAGGAAGCGGGGAGGUGAUCUACUACCAGGAGAGACAUGGAGAGCAAAGAAUGUUCCGAAUGACUUCCUGAGUCUCCGCCAGCCAGUUCAUAACACCUCUCUGACCUAUCUAUCUUCACCAAAUGAAAUCCUCACUGGGACAAUGUUCGGUAAUGUUCGAAGAUACGAUGCCCGCGCUGCUCGCCGUCCGGUCGCAGAUUGGAAAGGAGUCAGCAAAGUCGGCGGCGUGAAACUCGUACAUAAAGGUCAUAAUGAAAACGAAGUGUUCGUCGCUGAUCAAGGGUCCAACCUCUUUGCGAUGGAUCUGCGGAACGGCCGGAUCCUGUAUGGAUACAAAGGUUUAUCAGGAGCAAUAACGUCUAUAGCCUCGGCUCCGUCCUUACUAGGAUCAGUCUCCCUUGAUCGGUACUUCCGUCUCCACAGCAUAUACCCUCCCCCAGCCGAUGCCAAACAGCGGCAAGAACAAAGAGGCGAGGUCGUCGACAAAGUGUAUAUGAACAGUAUUCCCACCGUUCUUACUGUCUCGAGAGAGGACGAUGGGGAAGAUGACGAAGAUGAAAACGACGACGACAUUUGGGAGACCAUGCAAAAUAUCGAUGAGAGCACCAAGGAGGCAAGCCGUAGCAACAGGAAGAAGAAAGCGAAAGAAUAG